AUGGCUAAUAAGAGCCGACCCAAGAAAACUCGGGGUCAGUUGUACAAGAAGUAUGUUUACGGCGUGAAGGAGACGGUUGAGGAGGAAAAUCUCGAGGCAGAAGAGUAUUCCGAGCCACAAGUAGCCGUAAAGGACUCGUACAAUUACAUUUGGCCACUUUCUCAAUUUCAGAAGAUCGAUGUCCUAAAGAUGUCGAUCGCUUUGCAAAGAGGAACCAUGUUCUAUGGCCAAGACCAGAUGAAGUUACCCUUUGAGCUGAUCCUUCUCAUUCUAGAGCAUUCGCAGACCCCAUACUGUUUAAGUCAUUUAUUACUUAGCCGUGCAUUCUACAUCACGCUUCUUCCAAAACUCUACCGGUAUCCAAAACUGAAGUCGUCGAACUUCUCGCUUUUUGUGGACACUGUGUCGCAAUAUCAAACCAAAAAAAGAUUCAACGGAUUCGUCAAGAUUCUCGACCUUUCCCAGAUCACGCAAUCGGGUAAAAACUCGUACGUUUCAAAACUGCUACGACGGUUCAGCAACUCGUUGGAGAUAUUCAUCUCUUCGCAGUCCAGCUUUGGUCUCUCUCCGCUUAUUAGUUUGAGACUUUGUCACAACUUGAAAAUCCUCGAUCUCCGCUUAGUCUCCGAAACUGUCAAUUUGAAAGAGCUAUUUAAUUCCAUCAAAUCAACUCCGCUACUUGAACAAUUGUCAUUCCCGCGCUCAUCUAUCUCAUGCGAGGAUUAUGAUAUGGAGUGGCCGGCCAAUCUGUGGUAUUUGAGACUCCAAGGUGGAAUAUCUCCAAAAUUCCUAACCGAGUCGAGAUUCCCUUGUUCCAUCACUUGCUUGGAAUUUUCACACUGUCCCUUUAUCACUGGAGAAUCCCUCGACGACAUGCUGGUGCGCAUCGGCUACAAUCUUCGGAGACUGGCAAUCUACUAUCCAAUGCCAAAAUUAAAGCCAAACUCUCUGGACACGGUCUUUCUUGACUGUCCAAACUUGGUGUAUUUAUACAUAAACAUCGAAUACUUUUCGAAGGAGCUGUUCCAAGACGAUCUACUUCCUCCUUUGAAAGAGUAUCCGCGUCCAUUGCGAACUCUGUGCAUCGACUCCUCGGGACUUCUUGGUCAAGGAUCUAAAAUCCAUCCGGACGACCUGACCAUUGCUUUAUGGGAGGAAAGACUACCGUGCCUUACAAGUCUGAAAAUCAGCAUGAUGCUGGGUUGGAACUCGCAAAGCGACUCUGUUCAAGAUCUUGUGAACGAAUUAGAAGAUAGAGGUGGGUCGCUGUACAAGAUGUAA